CGGGGUCAGGGCCCCACACCCUCCAGGAAAUGACCGGCUGCCUGGUGGGAUCGGACGGGCGCCUCCUCCGCGGGUACAGUCAGUUCGCCUACAAUGGCACCGACUACGUCUACCUGAACGAGGACCUGCGCUCCUGGACCUUGGUGGACGUGAGGGACACGAAGACUGGAACAAGCCCCAGACACAGAUUAGUGCACCUCCCUGCUGCUGAGGGACAGAGGAUCACCCUGGAGGACACGUGCGUGUACUGGCUCCGCCUGCUCCUGGAGAAGGGGAAGGAGACGCUGCUCCCAGCAGACGCUCCAAAGACACACGUGACCCACCACCGCAUCUCUGAUCAUGAGGUCACUCUGAGGUGCUGGGCCCUGGGCUUCUACCCUGCUCACAUCACCCUGACCUGGCAGCGUGAAGGGGAGGAACUGAUCCAGGACAUGGAGCUGGUGGAGACCAGGCCUUUGGGGGAUGGAACCUUCCAGAAGUGGGCAGCUGUGGCCGUGCCCCCUGGAGAGGAGCAGAGAUACACGUGCCAUGUGCAGCACCAGGGGCUGCCUGAGCCCCUGACCCUGAGAUGGGACCCCCCUCCUCAGACCACCAUCACCAUCAUGGGCAUUGUGGGCAUGGCUGCUGCCCUGGGUCUCCUUGGAGCUGUGGCUGCUGGAGCUGUGAUGUGGAGGAGGAAGUGCUCAGGCAGAGGCAGGAAGAGCUACUCUCAGGCUGCCUUGACAGUGCCCGAAGCUCUCAUGUGUGUCUCACAGCUCCUGAUGUGUGACAGAGCUGCCUUGUCUGGGUUUCGUACUAAAACAGUCACUUUAGCCUCCCUUUGGGGCUUUAAGGGACCCUGACUGCGGUUUCUGCAACAAGUACUGGAAUGUGUCUGUGUUCUCAUCAUCAUCGUGUCAGGAGGUGGUCCCCAGGCCACCCUCCUCAGAGGGACCUGCAUCCUCUCCCCUGGGGAUGGUUCUGUCCUCCCAGAGUUGGGGUGAGGCCAUCCCCAUUCUCAUCAUUCCUUGCCUGGGUCAUGUUUGUUACUCCUUUGUCCUUGCUGCUCCAGAAGAAUCUUGUCCUUCCACUUGGAGAGAACCUUGUUUCACCAGGACCUGGGAUCGGAGCAAUUUGAAUGUCACCCAGGCCUUGUGGUGGCUCCAGGACUGUGUUCAGUGAGGGCUUCAUGGGGCGGGGCUUCAGGACUGGGUCUGCCCACAGCCUAUAUCUUUAUGGUGUUUUAUUGUUUGUUUCUGUAGAUACUGUACCUGUCUUGUUUUCUUAAUAAAUUAUUAGAGUAUUUUUAUUAAAUUA